AUGCCAGAAGAAGUCCAGUUUGUUGUAACAACCUCUCCGGAGAACCCCAAGCCACAGAGUGACCUCCCCAAGCGGGCCUCCUGCGAUGCGUGCCGCCGGCGGAAAGUCAAAUGCGACAGAAACCAACCAUGCAGCCGGUGCACAGCCUCGUUCUACGAUUGCACCUUUUCCGAGCCAGCCCGCAAGAAGCGGAAGACGGCAACUGAUGAGAAGAUCGAACUGCUCGAGGGCCGAAUAAAGGCUAUGGAAGAAGCAUCGGCCCAGAAUGCGGCUGUUGCUUUAGUCUUGCCUAGUAGGCUCUUCGACACAUCCCGGGGACCACCGGUCGAUGUCGAGCUUCCACCCAAGCAUGUGGCGAGAAGGUUGGUUGACGCGGCAUUGGAUGCUCAGAUACUGUUUGGCAUCAUCCAUCGCCCGUCGUUCGAUAAUCUGUUUACGCUUGUCUAUUCGCUUGAUCGGUCUCAUUACAGCGCAGAGGAAUGGCGGUUCCUAGCUCUUUUAUACGCCAUUCUCGCUUACGGCGGUCUGUUUGUCGACUCGGCUGAGUAUCAGGACCACGAUGUGCUUUCAAAGUCGGCCCUUUACUACGAGAAAAGCUUACAGCUGCAAAACGUUGCCGAAUGCAAAGAUCUCGUAUCUCUCCAGGCCAUCUUUUUCAAGAUCCUGUACCUCCUCUCAACGACCCGAGUUUUUACCUGCUACACCUACGUGAGCACCGUGCUGUCAGUGGCUGUACGAAUGGGCCUCCAUCGAGUGGGAUCAUCCACAGCCCAUCAAGAUCUGAUACAGCGGGAGACCGGCAAACGAGUCUUUUGGGCUGUUUGGACGCUCACCAAUGAAGUUGCUGCUACCUGUGGGCUUCCAGUACUCCUCAGCAAUGAAGAGAUUGACCAAGAAACCCCAAUCGAAAUUAACGACUCGUACAUUGAGGCGCGACAAAUUUACCAGCAGCCGGAAGGCGAAGUCUGUCUCACGAGCAUCGCAGCUAUCUAUCGACGACUCCACCACGUUUUCCAAAAGGCCGGACACCUUCACCAUUGGGUUCGAGAGUUACCCGUCCACCUUGUCCUAGGAAAUGGCCCCGAGACCCCCAAACUUACAACAGCCCGGUUUACCCUCUGCAUAUUAUAUGCACACACUCAGCUCUACAUAUACCGGCCUUUUCUCCGGCAGUUCAUGAUGCAGACGGGCAGUCUAGAUCAGCCAGAUAGCACAACCUCGAAGUGGCUCGCAACAGUAUGCAUUCAGGCAUGCGAGAACAUCAUCAUCUUGUGCGAAGACAUGUAUAAACGGGGCCUGUUGCGCGGUGGGAAUUGGUUAAUAACUCGUGCAUUGUUCAGCUCGACUUUGACUCUCUUCUACGUCGUUCUAACGUCCAGGGACCCUGCGUCUCCCCAGACACAGUCCAUCUGUACCCGUUUGGCACUGGGAAGAAAGAUAUCAGACAGCCUUGCGAAGCGCAGCGGCCUUGCCCAUCGGUGGAAGGUUAUGAUGACGGUCAUGAUCGCAACCCUCCCAAGCAGUGCUCGGCAUAUCCAAGAGGAGCUCCUGAGUUUGGAAAACAAGCUUCCGGAGCUGGCUUUGUACCAAGCUAAAUCUUGUAUACCGGAUGAUGCCUACACGACCUCUUUGGGGGCAUCAGUACUGAAUCUCCUAGGCAGCGACAGCUCAACGGCUGAUAAAAUCAAGUGGCUAGCGCCUCAUCACCUCGAGGCCCUUGGCCUUGGCUGCCAUGAACAGGAAGAGCUUCGGUCCUCGUCGUGUAGACAGGCUCUGGAUUUGACUCGGGAUAUCAUACAAGGCUCUACUGAUUUACCUCAACUUGAUAACAAUGACAUUGGGGACUACUUUCUGGCGAGCAGUGCACCUGGAGGCAGCCAUGGGUCGGUGGGUAUGCCGGUGGAUGCGGGAGAAGUGGACUUUGGGGAUCUUGACGAAUUCCUGAAUCUCCAGAACUGGCUCUAA